AUGUCAGAAAAACAGAACGUCCCUCAAAAUCCUUCUUCUUUAAUGGAAAUUGAAAUCCCUGAGAUCUAUGCUAUAACUAAAAAUGGACAUCCAUUUUUAAUAUUUGACAGUGUAGCAUUAUUUGAACACAUUUUAACUAAUAGCCUCAGCAAUGGACUUAUAUGUAGUGGUAAAAGAUAUGACGCUAAAAAAUAUCCGUACGUAGUGAGUAUUUCUAUUCGGCCUGCGGAUAAAGCGUUUGGCUAUGUUUGCACUGGCUCAUUGAUAAACGAAUUGUACAUAUUGACCGCUGGUCACUGUACUUUUGGUAGAACUAUAAAUGAGAUAAAAGUAUAUCAAGGAUCAGCUUUGAAUAAUACAGAUUCUCGAGAUAUUGUUGAGCUGCAUUUACCCAAAGAAUAUGACCCAGCAUCAGAGCUUCCGGAUGGAGAUAUUUGUGUGUUGAAACUAAAAAACGGAUUCCCGAAUCUCAAGACAUUUAUAAAAAUUGGUGGCGAGCCUAAAGAUUUUGCCAAUCACAAAGCAUUGAAAUGUACAUUUAUUGGAUUUGGUAUAACAGAUAAAAAGAAUACUUUUGGCAAAGAAGGAAACAUGAUAGAGGCUUUAGUCAGACAUGGCAGAACCGAAUGUAAAAACCACGAAAAAAAACGAGUAGUAGUGGGAUGGCCACAAUUUUUGUGUUCGCAACCAACGACAGUGGAUGACUUGAGAAUGACAUGUCAAGGAGACAGCGGUGGACCAAUGAUUUGUAACAACAAGCUUUAUGGGGUAUGCAGUUUUAUGUAUAAAAUAGGGGAAGGGAAAUCUGUUUGUGGUAUACCUGACGUCCAGACUGUACACACGUUCAUACAUUAUUUUUUAAAAUGGGUAAAUAGUGUUAUAAAGUCGAACGGGAAUGAAAAUCAAGAUGACAAAAAAGAAGAUGAUAAAAAAAAAGAUGAUAAAAAAGAAGAUGAUAAAAAAGAUGAUAAAAAAGAAGGGGACAAAAAAAAGAAAAAAAAGAAGAAAAAGAAGAAAAGUUCUGGGAAUUCGAUUAAACCAUAUUAUAAAUUCCACAGAAUUGUUUAUUGUGUUGAUAAUUAA